AUGGGUUCAUCCGUUACUAAGCCGUCAAGUGGUCUGCCAGACGAAGCGCACACGAUCUCGGUUGUCGGCGCCGAAGGACAGAGAACCGAUGAACAGGUUGAAAAGGAUCAACGGCAGCAGCAGCAACAACAACAGCAGCAACAGAAACAGAAAGAAGAGGAUCAGGAAGAGCAGGAAGUUGAGGAUGAUUAUGGCAGCUCCGCAUCUGACUCAGACGGCCAAGCAAAUGAGUUAGUAAUCAACGUGCAAGAAGUAAAACUAAAAGAUGCAACAAGCCUGAUCUCCGUUACUCCCAUAGGGUCGCCAGUUAUCGUGUCGACCACAGUCGAAACAAAAGAGAAGUUGGAUACGGCAUUGGAAGCUGAAACUGUAGAGUGCUCAGAGAAGCCACUAGAACCUUCUCCGGACGAGAAGGCCCAGCAACGACUGCCAGAAGCUAACGCCACAAGGCAAAGCAAGGAGAAUCCACUUCCACCCCUCAUUCGCAUUCCUCCGAGACGUGGCUUCGAAACGGGUAUACCACGACCCAGAACCCUAUGCGAAAAGUAUCCGCAUGUUUAUAGAAGGGCUCGAGAGAGCCUCAUGCCCGUAUUAAAAUUGGAGGAUAGGGAUAAAAUUUCCAUCCAUAAGGCGACACCCCUGUCAGACGACACUGUUUCACUUCGCAGCACGGAGACUGUAAGGAAAACAGCGAGUCCGUCAAAGGAACGCCAAACCAGUGGCCGAGUUUGGAACUUCUCCCAGUGUGAUUCCAGAAAACCACCACCUUACAGAAGGCACACUUCCAGCGCCAUGAGGAGCCCUUGCGAGAGUCAGAUGACCCGAUGGAUGACUACUAGAUUUGGACAGAGCUCGUGGGUACACCAUCCCGCCAAUGGGGUCAAACUUAGCCCCAUAACUCCGAAAAGCCGGGCUGAUCAGUCAUCCACGCCAAAAAGCGUCUCGAGGAGUGGCAGAGAGCAUCUGUCGGAGGAAGAGAAGGUUUCCUCCUGGCAGCAGUUUAUAGGUGAUCUGGAUUACCUUUGUGAUCAAAAAUGGCCUCGAAAGCAGCGUCACCUCAGCAAGCGGGGUUACAUGAAUGUGUUAUUUAAUCGGCCUUCAGGGGAUCUCCUGAGUCUUGACGAAACUCAGGAGCUAAACUUAAGCGGCUCGUCACACACGAAUUCACCAAACAAAACUCCAGGGGACACUCAGUCAGUGACGAAUGGGAGACGGCUACGAAAAUCAGUUGGUCCCAGGUCCCAGGCUAAUGCUGCGAGGAGACCACGGAUCGGUGCCAACGUUCCCAUGUCAUCAUUGUACUCUCGGCGUCGAAGUAGACUCCCAACAACCAUUCCGGCUCAUCCUAUCGCCCGAGAGAACUGCCUAGAUGAACUCAGCAGGAUGACUUUGGCAGAGAUAAACUAUCCCCUUGAUAGGCAGCGGAUCGUCUUUAGAGAAUCACGAAGUGACGGGGACACGGUUUUAUAA